AGGAGGGCGCGAUCCUGCACGGGCAGCGGGACUAUGCCUAGCUCGCUUUUUGCCGACAUGGAAAGGAAUGGGAGCGGAGGCGGCGGCGGAGGAGGAGGCGGCGGCGGCGGCGAGACCCUGGAUGACCAAAGAGCCCUGCAGAUCGCCUUGGAUCAGCUCUCCCUCCUGGGCUUGGACAACGACGAGACGGGCUCCCUUUACGACAACGAGCCGCGCAAGAAGAGCGUCAACAUGACCGAAUGCGUCCCCGUGCCCAGCUCGGAGCAUGUCGCCGAGAUCGUGGGAAGGCAAGGUUGUAAAAUCAAAGCUCUGCGGGCGAAAACCAACACCUACAUCAAGACCCCGGUCCGCGGGGAGGAGCCGCUCUUUGUCGUAACGGGCAGGAAGGAAGACGUCGCCAUGGCCCGGAGGGAGAUCAUUUCGGCGGCGGAACACUUCUCCAUGAUCCGCGCCUCCCGGAACAAAAACACUGUCUUGAACGGCACGGUGCCCAGCCCGCCCAACCUGCCCGGGCAGACCACCAUCCAGGUGCGAGUGCCUUACCGGGUGGUGGGGCUGGUGGUGGGCCCCAAGGGGGCUACCAUCAAGCGCAUCCAGCAGCAGACGCACACCUACAUCGUCACGCCCAGCCGGGACAAGGAGCCCGUCUUCGAGGUGACCGGCAUGCCGGAGAACGUGGACCGCGCCCGGGAGGAGAUCGAGGCGCACAUCGCCAUGCGCACGGGCGGCAUCGUCGAGCUCACCGACGACAACGACUUCCACGCCAACGGCACCGACGUAGGCUUCGAGCUGAACGGCGGCGGCGGGGCGGGCAGCCUGUGGAGCAAGCCCACGCCGCCGCCCCCUCCUCCGCCGCCGCCGCCCCCGCCGCCGCCGGCCUCCUCCGCCAGCAUCCCCCCGACGCCCGGCCGCAAGCCCUUCUGCAGCUACCGCCACGACAGCUGCAGCUCGCUGGGCAGCGCCUCCAGCGACUCCUACUUCGGCAACGGCCGCCUGGCCGACUACAGCCCGCCCAGCCCGGCGCUGAGCUUCCCGCCCCACAACGGCAACAACAACAACAACGGCUACGGCGUCUACGGGGGCGGCGACGGUCUCUCCUCGCCCGACUGCUGCGCCGCCGAGCUGCCGCCCUUCGACUCCCCGCCGGGCUUCGACCUGGCCCCGGCGCCGCCGCCCGGCGCGCCCCUGCUGUGGUCGCAGUUCGAGCGCGGCGCGCCCGCCUUCCCCGCCGGCUCGGCCGCCCCCAACGCCAACCUGGCCUUGCUGGUGAGCGGCGCGCAGAGGCGCGGCGGCGCUCCUCCUCCGCCAGCGACGCGCCUCUCCCCGCCUCUGCACGCCGGCGGAGGCGUGGCGCUGGCCGCCGAGCCCCAUCCCCUGGCGCGCCGGGUGCGCAGCGACCCGGGCGGCCGCCUCCUGGCCGCUGCCGUGGCCGCCGCCUCCUCCUCCGCCUCCUACCCGCUCUACGCCAACGGGCUGGGCUGCCACCUGCCCGGCCUGCCCUCCGACUCCUCGGCCUCGUCGUCCUCCUCGUCCAGCUCUUCCUCCAGCUCCUCCUGCUCCUCCUCGGGCAUGCGGAGGAAAGGCAGCCGCGACUGCUCCGUCUGCUUCGAGAGCGAGGUCAUCGCCGCCCUGGUGCCCUGCGGCCACAACCUCUUCUGCAUGGAGUGUGCCAACCGCAUCUGCGAGAAGACCGAGCCCCAGUGCCCCGUCUGCCACAGCGCAGUUACUCAGGCCAUCCGCAUCUUUUCCUAAGGACACACGCCAACACACAACUCUGGCCACAGAGACCCACACAAACGCGCCUCCAACACUCCCUCCGCCCCCCGCCCCUUCUAAGGUCUUCUACUCGCUUGUAUAGAGAUCGAUAUUAAAGCUGCAGUAUCCGCACAUCCCAAAAAAUGACAAACGGGGAGGGGGGAGAAACCUGACUUUGCAGGAUGGUUACCGUUUAAUUUAAAAAGUAUAUAUAUAAAUAUAUUAUUUUUGCAUUGAGUGUACUGUAGCCUAGAGUGGGUUAAGGGGAAUAUUUGUAACAUCAAAUGCAUGCUAUAAAUAUUAAGGAACGUCAUUCUAGUAAUAUACUAGUUUUUACACUUUUAAGGCCAAGCUUCCAAAACAAUGUCUCUCUUCUCUCUUUCUCUCUCUCUCUCCUUCUCUCUGUCUCUUUUCUAAAUUAAGGUAGGACAUGCAUAUGGAUUAUGAUGCUGUGUGAACCGUUAGUAUAACGUGCUGGUAGUUGCUAGAUUGCUUAUUGAGAAAUCUAUGGAUGGAUAACUUUUCUUGAAUGUUCUUGAAAGGGCAAGGGUUUUUUUUCCUGUGAAAAAAAAUUAAUAAUAAUAAACUAUGAUACUGCAGCUUUAUCAAAGAAAAAAGAAGAAAAAAAGGAAACUGUAACAUAUCUCUUAUAUAUAUUAAAAAAGCGUUUAAAGGUUUUAAAGAUAAAUUGCAUUAAUACAGAUUGAAGUAUUUUAUUCUUUUUUGACUUGAAAAAUUAUAUUUCAUAUUGCAAAGAUGUUUACAAGUAUUUUAAUUUAAGUUCAGUGAACUUUUUUGUAGCUGGGUUAAAUCUUUUUUAUUUUUUAGUAUGGCCUUAUGGGCAAAGAACACUGUAUUAUUUUAAUAUCACACAAUUGUGAAUGGAAUUGCAAAACCAUAAAAUGUGUAAUACUUUGAACAGUAUUCUGUUGGGAUGGAGAUUUUUAUAGGUUCAAGAAAAAAUCUUUUAAAUCUGCUUCACCCAGCAUAUUUUCUAUUCAGUGAUAUAAAGCAUAUUUUAUUCUAUAUUAUUACAAAAAAUUGAAAUGUUUUAAGCAUACGGUCAAAAGGAAUUGUUGAUGCUUUCUAACAUUUGUAUAAAUAGAAUUCGGUGGAAAUUACAAAAAAAAUUCUGUUGCGCCACUAUAGUUUAGUAUUUCUAUUUUAAUACAUUUGUUUACCACGUUUAUGUAUAUGUAGGUGAUGUUACUUGAUCUUAAAUGUACUUUACUGAGCAAAGUUUAAAAAACAAAGUAUAUUUUAUUUUAUGAUAAAGGGCCUUUAACCUCAUGGUCAAAUACUAAUAUUAUAUUUGCUGAGACAAGAUUUGAAAUUGUAUCAAGAGUUUUAUUUUUCUGACAUUUAAAGUUCUACAUAAUAAAGGUAAAACUUAAGUAAUGGUGCUACUUCAUGUUUUUUUAAGUAUUUCUAUAUAAAUAAAAUAAAAUAUUACAGAAAAG